AUGGAAGCAUGCCGUCUCCUCUUUUAUUCAGCAGCAAAGAACACGGCAGAUAGAGAAAGAGAGAUCAUGGAAUCUAUAGUAGUUAUGGAGAAGAAGAAAGAGAAGCAGCAAUCGGAGUUCCAUGAGAAGUCAUUAGAACUGAGUCUCAACAACAAGGACAAUAUCUUGGGCGAGGAGAUGGCUUCUUCUUCGUCAUCCAUGGCUCGCCUGUUCGAACUCAACCUCAUCAAGUCCCUAGAAUCUGUUCCUGAGCCAGCGCUCGCUCGAGCUCCACCGCUUCCGCCGCCGGAGGAGUUACAGGAGUCGCAAUCCCGAGUGUUCUCGUGCAACUACUGUCAUAGGAAAUUCUACAGUUCUCAAGCACUCGGCGGACACCAAAACGCGCACAAACGUGAGCGGUCCCUUGCAAAAACUGGCGGCAGCGGUGGCAACGGCAGCCUCGUCGACGUCAGCCAUUUCUCAUCUGACACGGCAGCCAUGCAGCUGCACGGGUUGUACAGCGGGCGGCCACUGGGGAUUCAAGCGCAUUCGAUGAUACAUAAGUCUUUGUAUGAUGCAUCUCUGGGUGCACUGAAUGAGCACCAUGGCUGGCGCUGGGCCGGGAUGGGCAUCGGACAGCAGACUGGAGCUGCGAGGUUGGACGGCAACAUGAGGCCCCCGGCAGGGUUCGCAGCGAGGUUCAAUGAACCCGAGGCGGCAAUCGCCGGUGGCAAUCGAUGGGCAGGCACCGAUGAAUCUAACGAAGAGGAGCUGCAAAAAGUGGACUUGACUCUGAAACUCUAG